AUGGCGGCGGCCAUGGUUUCCGUGGAGAAGAUCCGCGAGAACCAGCGGGCCAAGGGUCCGGCGACUAUCCUCGCCAUUGGAACGGCGAACCCGGCGAACUGCAUGUACCAGGACGAGUUCCCCGACUACUACUUCCGCAUGACCAAGAGUGAGCACAUGACGGCUCUCAAGCAGAAGUUCAUCCGCAUAUGUGAGAAGUCGAUGAUCCACAAGCGCUACAAGCACUUGACCGAGGAGCUUCUCAAUAAAAACCCCGAGAUCUGCUCGUAUGACGCUCCUUCACUCAACGCACGCCAGGACAUAAGCACCGUCAGCAUCCCGAAGCUCGGCGAGGAGGCAGCGACGGAGGCCAUCAAGGAAUGGGGCCAACCCAAGUCCAAGAUCACCCACAUUGUAUUCUGCUCCCUCUCCGGCGCCGACAUGCCUGGUGCUGACUACCAGCUCAUGCGCCUCCUCGGCCUCAGCCCCUCCGUCAAGCGUGUCAUGCUCUACCACCUGGGCUGCUUUGCAGGCGGCACUGCCCUCCGUAUCGCCAAGGACCUUGCUGAGAACAAUGCUGGUGCGCGCGUCCUCAUUGUCUGCUCUGAGAUCACUGUCGCGUCCUUCCGAGGUCCAUCAGAUGAGAACCAUGGCAACCUCGCGAGCCAGGCCCUCCUUGGGGACGGCGCCGCGGCGCUCAUCAUAGGGUCCGACCCGGAGAUCCCAUCCGAGCAGCCCAUAUUCCAACUCGUGUGGACUGCGGAGACCGUUUUGCCAAACUCAGAGAGCACCGUCGAGAGCCAAGUGCGUGACGGGGGGCUCACCUUAGUUUUAUCCGACAGGGUCCCCCUAUUGAUCGCAAGCAACAUCGAGAAGAGCUUGAAUGAGGCGUUCGAUUCUCUCGGCAUAACCGACUGGAACUCCAUCUUCUGGGUGCCUCAUCCGGGUGGCCCGGCCAUACUCAACCAAAUCGAGGCCAAGCUAGGGUUGAGAAAGGAGAGGCUCCGAGCGGUGAGGCACGUGCUUAGAGAGUACGGGAACAUGUCGAGCGCGUCUGUCUUCUUCGUCCUUGAUGAGAUGCGGAGGAAGUCGGUCGAGGAAGGACUCGCGACCACCGGCGAGGGGUUGGAGUGGGGCGUCCUUUUUGGGUUUGGGCCGGGCCUCACGGUGGAGACGGUGGUGCUUCACAGCGUGCCAAUAGUGCCCCCCGGAUGA